AUGUCCGCCUACCACUCCAACGGUCGCCGGCACCCGGCCUCGCUCCUACCCAAGUCGUGGCACGACCCGGCCCUCCUCGAGUUCGUUCGCGCGCCCGUCACCCAGGACAUGAUCGCCUACCUCGCCGAGAAGGCCAUCGAGGUCAUCCAGUGCAGCUCGCCGCCGCCUGCCGUCCUUCCCUCGCCCCCGGCGACGCCCACCAAGCAGGGCUUCCAGCAGCAGGCCGUCGACGCUCAAGCCUCGGCCAUCCCCUCGCUCGAGACGUUCAUCACGGUCCUCGUUCAGAAGUCCAACGUCCAGGUCCCGACCCUCAUGUGCACCCUCGUCUACCUCGAGCGCCUCAAGACCCGCCUGCCCAAGGUCGCCAAGGGCAUGCACUGCACCCGCCACCGCGUCUUCCUCGCCGUCCUCAUCACGGCCGCCAAAUACCUCAACGACUCGUCGCCCAAGAACAAGCACUGGACGCGCUACGCCGCCCUCUUCUCGCCCGCCGAGGUCAACCUCAUGGAGCGCCAGCUCCUCUUCCUCCUCGACUACGACCUCCGCAUGGACGAGGCCGAGCUCGUCCACCACUUUGCGCCCUUCCUUCGCCGCGCCGGUCCGGUCGCGUCCACCUCGCGCGCCCAGUACGCCGCGCCCCUCCCGGCGACGCACUACGCCCAGCAGCAGCAGCAGCAGCCGCAGCAGCAGCAGCGCGCCGCAGUACCGGCGACGCCGCAGCGCAAGGUCGAGCACCUCCAGGCGUCGGGCUACCUCACCCCGCCGCCCUCGGCCCGUCGCCCGACGCCCCACGCCGCGCCCUCGCAGCCUCGCGAGCGGCAGCAGGCUGCGUCUCGGCAACGCGACUCGCCGGCCGAGUCGCCGUCGUCGGGCGGCACGCUCUCGGACGUCGAGUCCGACUUUUCGGACCGCGAGAUGGAGUACGAGCAGGCAGCGCCCGCCGCCGUCCGCACGACGCGCAUGUCGUCGCGCCCCGUCCGCUCGUCGUCGGCCAAGCCGGUCACGCCGCCUCGGCUCGCGUCGGCGCACAAGUCGUCGUCGUCGCUCCCCGUCACCCCGACCGACGACGUCCCGCCUUACGCCUCGGCGGUCCACCCCGGCGAGCAGCACCAGCGUCGCCCGUCGUUCGAGCAGCUCCUGCGCGCACAGCGCAGCGGCUCGUUCCUCUCGCGGGCCUACGAGCAGGGGCAGCGCAUGCUCCUUCGCGGCGGCAACGGCGUCAAGCCCGGCGUCGCGCCUCCUCAGUCGCUCGACUACGACGCCGACCAGGCCUACGUCCUCUAG